AUGUGGUGGAUAGUGUUUUGGUGUCUCCUUUCAUUCAACGGCCAUAUAUCAUCACAACCUUUAGACGCUAAGGAUAAUGUUCGCCAAACGCGUCAACUGGACUUCGGUGAGUGCUGUCCUUGCCCAGGCGCUGGACAAGUUGGACAAGGUUUCGAAGCACAGAGUCCUUCUUUCUCUAGUUACGAUGGUCCAUACAGCCGAGCAAGGGAGGUGGAUGACUGUCCGUGCCGGGCUAGAAGCUCUGACUCCGAUGGAGCCUCAUCAGCCUUCUUUCCAACUGCAGUGCGUCCUGAUGGGCAUGCCGUGAGGUCAUCAGAAACGAAAGAAGACCCGAAGCCACUGCUACACCCAGAGGUUGAUCUCGCAUCAUCGGUUUUAGAAACACUAAGAGAAGCCACCGAUGAGGAGUAUAAGGAAGCGCUAGCGAGGGAUGCCGCGAGGAGUAUGGGGAAAUCAGCUGACGAGGCUUUCUUCGGAGACACUAUCCCAGACGCAAGUACUGGUAACUUAGUAACCAUUAUAAUGAAUCCAAAAUAUUCUGAGGACGAUAUUGUUCCUCAAGAAUCACAUCUUCAAGAAACACGUUGUGUUCAUGGACCAUUAGGUAGUGCAAGGUCUAGUCCCGUUCAGUUACGGACUGCGACAAAACCACCAAACUUAUUACAUGAGCUGUUUGGGCUGCCACAAGUAGACCAGCUAGAUGAUAUGGAUAGUGGUGUAGGUGCCAGCAAUAUUGAAGAACGUGUUGUAAAAAUUGACGAAGAUCAAGCGCUAAGUAAAACUAAAAUUGGCCUACGGAAGUACGCGCCAUUGUUGAAACCGAAUACUAGUAUAAAAGAUAUGUCCACUAACUUAAAGAGCAACGUAGGCGAUAUGGGUAUUGGGAGUAAGGUGCCCAAUUUAAAACUGCCCAUGACUACACUGAAGGAUUUAUUAAAUCAAAAAUUUUUGGAAGAUGAGGAGAAAAUAAGCUCUCUACCUUCGAUUCCUAAACUUCGAUUAAAUAAUUCACUCUUAAAGCCUAAACCAGACCUUAUUGAAGAUAUGAGUGUAUCUCCAAAUGAUAUUCAAGAACAGGCAAUAAGGAAUUUCUUUGAAGCUAAAUCUCACUUAGACAAUAUCUUUCAGAAUGCACAUACUAGGCCAUUGAGUUUGAACAAUUUGUUAAAAUUAAAAGAUGUUGAAUUUGUUCCUUUGGAAGAUCUAGUUAAGACAAGAGCAGAGACGCCUAAACUAUCUAUACCACAAUUGAACUUACCAGGCAUAUUUGACAAAGAACAAAGGGCUGCAAAACUGUCGAUAGACGAAAAAGCUCCAGUUAACCUUAUCCAAAGUACAAGGACAAUAGGAAACCUACCAAUCUUUGGUAAGAAUGAAAUGAUGGAUGCCGAAGUUAGUCCAAGUAAUAUGAUUGAACAGGUCAGUAAUACUGACUGCAACGAAGAAUCUGCUAAGAGUGCUGAAACGGAUAAUGGUCUCACUGAUGAUGAUAAUAGUGGGCAUGAAGGCGAGAUCUCAACCGAAAUUAUUGACUCAGAGUCCAGUCCUGACACAACACAAUCUGUAAUAGUUGACAGUAGCAAUAAUAUGGUUGAUAUUGAGUCAAAUGAAUUAGCCCAAACUACAGACGACUGCAAUAUGAAUGCUUCACUAAUGACAGAAUUUCCCAUUCAACCAACAGAAAGGUCUUCUGAUGGAGAAGAUACAGAAAAAGGCAAUAGAGAUGAAAUAGAGCUAGACAAUUCUGAAGAUAACACAACUCAAGAAGAUUCAGAACCUAAAAAUGUUACAAACGAUGAAAAUUGUGCUGAUAAUGCCAACGAUAUGGAUUCUUUAACUGAUUCUAGCAGCAACAUAAAUAAUGUUGUUCAACCAGAUGAUUUAGGAUUUCGCCAUGAUAGAACAUCUGAAAAUAAUAAUGAUAUAACAGAAGAAUCUUGCAGCCAGGAGCAAUCAUUUAAUGAAAAUGUCAAACCUACAGGUGUAAAUCAACCCACAAAAUUAAUAAGACCACUUGCUUUAGAUAAAUCAUCAUUGUCAUCGAUUAGAGAAAAUAUAAAGAAUAGAUUUGAAAACAUAAAGAAUACAAAAGCUAUUCCUAAAACCGCAAAAAUCUAUGAAAAACCCAUUCCAAUUAAUGUCGUUGAAGAAGAACAAGAAGUGCCUACAAUAGUAGAUAACCAACAAGACUCUGAUUGUCAAGACGAACAUACACUUCAAGUUACAACAAUGAAAUCAGUUAUUUGUGACGAUGAACCAAAGGCUAAUGACAAUUCUGCAAAUAAAGUGAGUAUGCAGGACUUACAAAAAAUAUCAGAUUCAAUGUUACAAAGAGAAGAACAAGAACGAGAGUCAAAAGCAGCUUGCGAUGAAUUAUCACCCGUAGGAAUGGAAUCAAAGAUGUCAACUGAAGAACAAAGUGAAGAAAAUCAGAAAGAUUCUGAUGCAUCGGCCAAUAUACAAAAAAUUGUUAUAAUGGAUCCGCGACAAUUUGAUAAUGGUGAUGAAAGUGAUGGUGAUUCAAAAAUUUCUUGUCCAAGUAGACCAACAUUAUCGAAACAGGCAGAAGAAGUUGAUGAUGCAAGUGGAUCGGCCAGUGAAGUGGUUGCAAGUAUAAUGCCUCAAAACAAUGUGGUCCGUCCACCUCCUUUAUUCAACAAAGUAGUACAACCUGAUCUAGACCUAUUCAACUUACCAGUACCGGAUUUGAAAAAUUUGGUCAAAAUAGAACCAAUACCCACGCUUGAUGACAUCAAAACAGGUUUGAACAACUUGCUUGGUCGUAGAGCAGGUGAAGCAGUAGAAUUAUCUCGUCCCGUAGUAGAUUCAAGGAUUGGUACUCCAAAUAUUUUACAGCAAACCAUGUCUGCGGAUGCCAGUACUAAAAGAUUCCGAACAAAACUACCACCUUUAGGAUUGGAAGACGUCGAUUUAGAUAUUCUACCGAAAUUACCGAAACUGGAGCUACCUAAUAAAAACAAACUGUUGUUGCCAGAUUUGCGAAUGAAGCCAUUGAAACUACAGUCAGCAUUGAAUGAUAAAGGAAUACUUACAGGAAGAAAAAAUCCACUAGAUAUAUUUCCUAAUUUAGAGACACCAGGUGGUCGGAUAAAAUCUCUUGGCCGCAAAGCAGUGAAAACAUUACGUAAACCUGAUGUUCUCAGAAGUAGCUUGGUCCCAACUAAAGGAAUUGAUGAGUUAACUGAGGACCUGAAUUCCCACGCUAAACAUACGUUACGACACAUGCAGAAAACGCUCCAAUCCACUUUGAGAGAACAAACAAAAAUCCCAACGAAAUUACAAUCAAAUGACUUAUUGGAAGCUAUCGCUAGGAAUCAUGAAGAUGUCAGUGAUAAAAUCAAAGCUUUACACAUGGAUUUCAACGACAGACUUGAAACAAUGCGGAAUAAUCUUUUUGACAACUCUUUAUUCGAAUCACGUACUCCAGAACUAUUUAGUUCUCUUAGUAGUAACAUUAAAGAAAGAAAAUCUUCUUUGAAAACGGCACAGCCCAAGUCUGUGACAAGUAGGAUGAGGGAUGCAAAGAAAUCGAAAACUCGCAGACCUGAUCAACAGAAACCAAGUGGUGCCAGGCUUUCGUCACAAUCAUACGAAAAUAAGUUCAGGAUGCCUGCCGCAGCCAGUGUGAUUGUACCGAAAACUCUUAAAGUCCCUACGCUAGAACGAACGCUACCGAUGAAGCGACCGGAACUAUUUAAACAAAUACCUAUUGUAAUUCCAACCACAGAAGACGAAGUUUCUAGAGUUGCCUCAUGGAAAAAAGAAAGCGAGAAAUUGAAUAAAAAUAUUAAAUUGACGAAAUCAAUUAAUCCUUUUAAGGAUAGUAAAAUUGAAGUAACAUUUUCAACCACUCCUAGACCGGCAAUGCCUAGAGCACAAUAUAGAAAAUUGACAUUGCCUUCAUCUCAUUCGGAUAGAAAUAUGAGACGUUUUGGAGUGUUAGAUAACAGUGGUUCACCGAGUGAAAUGAGAAGUGCUGUAGUUGCGUCUCCCAUGUCUAGUCAAGACUAUAAACUAGGUGAUAAACCUGUUGAUAGUGGAAACGGGCCAAAAUCUCUAACAAGACAACAAAAAGUUACUGGAAAAGGCGGUCGGUUAGGAAACACACAAUCUAAAAUGAGUACUGAUUUAGAAUCGUGGCCUAAGGCUUCCGAAAGUGCUUUUCUAUCGAAAGUUAAAGAAGCUGUAAAGGCUAGGCUUUCUAAAACCCCUGCUAUAAAGAAGUCUGAAAAUACUGAAGUCGUUAAUACUAACACAGAUAUGGUGCGCGCCGCGUCAGAGAAUGUUGAUAUGGUUGAAAGUAAAGUGUUAAAAGAAAAUGUUUCUUAUAAAUGCACUAUGGUCUGUACAAAAGAAUAG